AUGGAUCUCUGUACGUCGUUUGAGAAGCUUUCUGCGGGAAACGGUAAUCGUUCCCCCCUAAAAAAGUCGAGCAAGGAAGCCGUGCGAGGAAAGAUGCACGUUAUCAAGCGCAAUGGGCGCAAAGAGGAUGUUCAUUUUGAUAAAAUUACUUCAAGGAUUGCCAAACAAUGUUAUAACUUAGAUAUGAAUUAUGUAGAUCCAUCUGCUGUAGCGAUUCAAGUGAUACGUGGUUUAUAUUCGGGAGUAACUACAGUUGUUCUUGAUAAUCUUGCGGCUGAAACUGCAGCUACUAUGGCAACUAAUCACCCUGAUUAUGCUAUAUUAGCUGCAAGAAUUGAUGUGUCUAACCUACACAAGGAAACCAAGAAGACCUUCAGUGAGGUUAUGCAUGACUUGUAUUAUGCCAAAAAUUCUGUUACAAAUGAACAUACUCCUAUAAUCAACGAACAUUAUUAUAACAUCAUUAAGAAUAAUGCGGAGAGACUGGAUUCUGCUAUAAUAUAUGAUCGAGACUUCAAUUAUAAUUAUAUUGGUUUUAAAACACUCGAGAGAAGCUAUCUGCUGAAAAUUAAUGGCAAAAUAGUUGAGAGGCCUCAACAUAUGUUGAUGAGAGUGGCUGUUGGUAUUCACGAAAAUGACAUUGACAAAGCUAUAGAGACGUACAAUUAUUUGUCUGAACGAUAUUUUACGCAUGCUUCACCAACACUAUUUAACGCCUGUACCAACAAUCAGCAGAUGUCCAGUUGUUUUCUCCUAACUCUUGAAGACGAUAGUAUAAAGGGUAUUUACAGCACGCUAAAAAAAUGCUCACUCAUUAGCAAGUACGCUGGUGGCAUAGGACUCAAUGUACAUUGCAUUCGUGCCAAAAGUGCGGAAGAUACGAAUACAACUAACGGAUUGGUUUCUGUUUUAAAGUUGUAUAAUGAAAUAGCUGUUUAUGUUGAUCAAGGAGGAAACAAAAGACCAGGAGCGUUUGCUAUUUAUUUAGAGCCAUGGCAUGCUGAUAUUUUUGAUUUUUUAGAGCUUAAGAGGAACAUUGGCGAUGGAAAUAUGCGAGCCAGAGACUUAUUUUAUGGUCUGUGGAUACCGGAUCUUUUCAUGGAACGUGUGUACAACGAUGAGAUGUGGAGCUUAAUGUGUCCAUAUGAAUCUCCUGGUUUGGCUGACGUUUGGGGUGACGAAUUUAAAGAAUUGUAUAUUAGAUACGAGAAGGAAGGUCGUUAUAAGAAGAAAGUGGCCGCCAGGAUUGUAUGGAUCGCCAUUCUCAGAUCCCAAGUAGAGACUGGAACACCUUAUAUGCUUUAUAAAGAUCAAUGUAAUCGAAAAUCGAAUCACCAGCAUAUAGGCACUAUCAAAUGUAGCAAUCUGUGUACUGAAAUUGUUGAAUAUUCUGGUCCUGGAGAAGUUGCUGUGUGCAAUUUAGCAUCUAUUGCUGUCAACAUGUUUGUUAAUACAGAUACCAAGACUUUUGAUUUUGAUAAACUUAAAACAGUCGCAAAAAUUGUCACCCGCAAUCUAGAUAAAGUCAUUGACGUUAAUUUUUAUCCUAUCCCAGAGACGAAAACAUCUAAUCAAAGACACAGACCUAUUGGUAUCGGAAUACAAGGUCUAGCUGAUGCGUUUCUAUUAAUGCGAUAUCCUUUCGAGAGCAAAGAAGCAAAGGAGCUCAACAUAAAAAUCUUUGAGACGCUCUAUUAUGGUGCCUUAGAAUCUAGUUGUGAAUUAGCUGCGGAAAAAGGUACUUACGAAACAUAUCAAGGUAGUCCGGUCAGCAAAGGCAUCCUCCAAUAUGACAUGUGGAACGUUAAACCAACAGAUCUGUGGGAUUGGGAUGAAUUGAAGAGGAAGAUCGCGAAGCACGGAGUGAGGAAUUCGCUUUUAAUAGCACCUAUGCCAACGGCCUCGACGGCACAGAUUUUAGGGAAUAACGAAUCCAUUGAACCGUACACGAGCAAUAUCUACGUGAGGCGCGUAUUAUCUGGAGAGUUUGUCAUCGUCAAUCCGCAUCUGCUACGAGAUUUGACUGCCAGAGGAUUAUGGGAUGAAGAUAUGCAAAACGAGAUACUCGCGAAUUUUGGAUCUGUUCAAAACAUUGAACGUAUUCCCGACGAUUUGAAAGUGCUUUACAAGACAGUAUGGGAGAUACCACAGAAAGUAAUUCUCGAAAUGGCAGCUGACCGAGGAGCUUUCAUUGAUCAAUCGCAAUCUCUAAAUGUACACAUAGGCGAUCCAACAACUGAGAAACUCACGUCGAUGCAUUUCUUCGGUUGGAGAAAGGGCCUAAAGACUGGCAUGUACUAUCUGAGAACAAAGCCAGCCGCAAAUCCUAUACAGUUUACUGUGGACCAGUCGAAAUUACAAAGUCGUGAUUCCAUAUCAAAUGAUUCCAACAACAGCAUCUCUACUAUUAGUAAUACACCUAUUGAGUCGCCUAACAAAGAUGUCAACGAUGACGAUGAUAAUCCCGAAAACCGAAAACAAUUAAGUCAGCAAGCGCGAAAAAACUUGGAAGCGAUGCUCGUUUGCUCGCGUAAGAACGGGGACGCUUGCACGGCAUGUAGCUCCUGAAGGUUUAUUACUUUUAACUUUUAACCUCUUGUAUCGGAAAUAUAUAUAUAUAAUACAUCGUUUUUUUACCUUUGUAAAUUAUGUAAACAGAAACGUAUUUUUUGGCGUGAAUAUUCUCAAUUUAAUUACAUUGUUAAAUUGAUAAAAUGAUUCGAUAAAUAUAUAAUAUUAAAGAGGAAAAAAUAAUAAAAUUAAAUAAAAUUAAAACUAAUAAGAUUUUGUAAAUCUGAAUACCAUUUGUUUUUCAUAUGUACAUUUUCUACGUCUAGUAUAUUAAGCUUUAUCCUUUAAAAUGAAAUGCAGAAAUUGAAUACAAGAAAUAUAUUUUUAAGUAUAUAUGAAAUGUUUUUAUUGAAUCAAAGAAUUAAAGCAGUACCUUGAAAAAA